AUGUCCGCUUCAGAACGAACAGCGCUGCUUUCAGACAAUCCAUACGGUUCGAUGGCCGGGGAAACGAGUCCGCGACCCGCUUCGAACCUGGGAGAAGGGCCCAAACCUAAGAACGUUGCCAAGGAGCUUGGUCCCAACAUUGUGCCUCAAAGAACAAGCAGAACAAGUCAGAAGCUGAAACUGUUGCCCGACCAAUUAGAUUACACUUCUAUCGACUCCAGCGUGGAUAAGUCGUACUCUUUACAGAAAAUCACAGAUAGACCAGCACGUAAGGAUGCUGAGCGGUUGGGCAAAAAACACCGGUCGUUGCUUCCGCGAGUCACCGCGUACUGUACGGCUGGUUCGUACAAGAUGCGCGAUCUGAUCCGGUGGCUAAAAGACCGCAAACGGAUCCACGGAACAAUGCCCAAGUUGUUCGACGAGUGUAUCUACACUCCAUUUGCAUAUAAGGACUGGAGAAGCAACAGCAGCAGUUCUGGUAAACGGCCGGACUUUGGCGAUAAAAGUUCGGUUGCCACAGAGACUAUUCGACUUGACGACGAAGGUGGCGAGAUCGAUGUUGGCAAGCACUCCACUGAUGUGUUUAUUUUUGAAUACGGAGUGGUUGUUUUAUGGGGAUUUAACGAGAGAGAGGAGAACGCCUUUUUAGUUGACCUUGCCAAGUUUGAGAACGAAAAGCUUGCUGAUGAAGACGUUCAGGCCGAGGAGUUCAACUAUUACAUCACUCACAGUUACCAGCCGCGGAUCUACAACGACUUUAUCACCUUAAGAGACGACUCUAACUACAUGCUCAAGCUGAGUAUUUCGUACGCCAUUUCGCAGUCGGUCAAGAUCUCGUUGUUUGAAGAGCUGGUCGACAACACCAUCGAGGACACCCAAGACAUCCCGCAGCAGAUUGCCCAAACGGGUAAGGUGGAGAUGACCAGAGAAGAAAUCAUGAAAUCUAUCGGAGAAUUGUUCAUUCUACGAAUAAACAUCAAUUUGCACGGGUCUGUGCUGGAUUCGCCCGAACUGAUGUGGUCGGAGCCCCAGUUGGAGCCGAUCUACCAGGCAACUAGAGGAUACAUGGAGAUCAACCAGCGUGUUGCCCUGUUGAACCAACGUCUAGAAGUUAUCAGUGAUCUGUUGCAGAUGCUAAAAGAACAGCUCGGACACUCUAACGACGAGUAUUUGGAGUUCAUUGUGAUCAUGUUGAUUGGUGCAGAGGUGAUUGUGUCGAUCAUCAACAUCAUUGUGGACGUCGUUGGACAACGCCUUUGGCAGCUUCUUUGGAAGCAAGUCGGAGUGAAUGUUUGGCAAGACACCACCCUGGGCGAUGGUGACAGAACCCAAGAGCUUGUUAAGCUCCUCAUCGUUUCUGAUAGCCAGCAACAAGUGUCUUGGAACAAUUCUGGUCUUCUUGUUGUCUCUGGCAGCGUUACCAGCCAACUCCAAGAUUUCAGCAGCCAAGUACUCCAGAACAGCAGUCAAGUAGACUGGAGCACCGGAACCAACUCUUUGAGCGUAGUUACCCUUUCUGAGCAAUCUGUGGAUUCUACCAACUGGGAAAGUCAAACCAGCCUUAGAAGAUCUGGAGACCGAAGCCUUAUCUGCGGAACCUGCUUUACCACCUUUACCACCGGACAUUUUGAUAAUUUAAAAAGAUGGAAACACGGGACGGGGGCAUUAUCUUGUAUUUAUGUUGGGGAGCACGCAUGGAGCGAAAAACUGGUUCCCAGAUUUACACGCGCGUUAUGCUUGGAAACAAACCACCCACAGCUAUAUAAUAACGGUGCAUUCGCCCUGUUUGUCCUCUUAGUAUUAACUUUAUUUUUGAAAAUGGCCCCAAAAGCAGAAAAGAAGCCAGCCUCUAAGGCCCCAGCCGAGAAAAAGCCAGCCGGAAAGAAGACCGCUGCCUCUUCCGAUGCUAAGAAGAGAACCAAGGCUAGAAAGGAGACCUACUCCUCUUACAUCUACAAGGUUUUGAAGCAAACCCACCCAGACACUGGUAUCUCCCAGAAGGCUAUGUCCAUCAUGAACUCUUUCGUGAACGACAUCUUCGAGAGAAUCGCUUCUGAGGCUUCCAAGCUUGCUGCUUACAACAAGAAGUCCACUAUUUCCGCUAGAGAGAUCCAAACUGCUGUCAGAUUGAUCUUGCCAGGAGAAUUGGCUAAGCACGCUGUUUCCGAGGGUACCAGAUCUGUUACCAAGUACACUUCUGCUACCUCUGCUUAG